AUGCAUAACGUACGACCUCUAGAAAUAACGCCACCGCACAGAAGUCGUUCGUCUUCUUGGUCAUCAUGGCGAAGGUAUGCCAAUUUGCGCCCGGAACCGCGGUUCUCCUUGCAAUAUCAGACUGAUGAAAAUAGCUUCCUACUUCGACUGAAGAUAAUAGGAGCUUAUUCAUUGGCAAAGAAAGAUAUAUUUGGGGCUAGUGAUCCAUAUGUGCGUGUUGAGCUGCAGAAAGUUGAUGGAGAUGUUACAGUUGAGACAUUUCUAACCAAGACCAAGAAAAGGACUUUAAAUCCAGUAUGGAAUCAGGAGUUCGUAUUUCGAGUAAAGCCCCAAGAACAGAAACUGCUCAUCCAAGUGUUCGACGAGAAUCGCCUAACACGUGAUGACUUCCUCGGGAUGGCUGAAGUGCCGCUGGCGAAUACUCCUUUCGAGUCCGCUGCGAAUGCAAGACCAGCGAUCACUAAGUACCCAUUGCGCCCGCGCAGGUCCGUUGCUCGUUCGCGCGUCCGCGGCUACAUAGAGAUAUAUCAUGCGCUGGUGGGCAGAGUGGGCCAAGACGAGGGCGAGGGCGAGGGCGAGUCCACCGGCCCGCCAGAAGACUGGGAGAUGGUGGAACCGGCCCCACAAGUGGGAAACGUUCAACCGGUGUUUGCGGGAUCAGUGCCAUCUAUAACUGGGGAUGAUGACUGGGAGUUGAUCGACUCGUCGCACUUGCCCGUUACGAUUGGUGGUGACCCACUUCCGGCGGGCUGGGAGGAAAGGCAGGAUGCGAACGGUCGCACGUACUAUGUCAACCACGCGGCUCGGUCUACGCAGUGGGAGCGGCCUACAUUCACCCGCAACAUGAGCACAGAGUCUCAAGCGGAGCGCAUGGAGACGGCGGCGACUGAAUUUCAGCGUCGGUUUCACAUUUCGGCCGACGACGAACAAAACCAAACGAACACCCAGCCGCAGGAGGAAGCAAACAAUAGACCAGCUGAAAAUAGCCCCGACACGACCGACUUAAGUACCGGAAUUCCAGUGGAAACAGAUGAGAAUAGACCGGAAAAUUCCACGGAAGUCACUCCAUAUUCUACGCCGGUCCUCACUCCAGUGAUGGAAAAUACCGAUCCCAUUCCUGAUUCUACUAAUGUCUGUGAUACUAAUGUAAGCGAUAAUCAAAACGAAGAAAAUGACUUAGUCUGUGCUAAUGAUACGACUGAAACUGAAGAAAAUGAGCAAGGAGAACAAGAAAGUAAUUUAGUGACAGACGUAGCUGCAUCGUGUGCAGCAAAUGCUGAAGCAUCGACUGUAGACACCGAAAAUGUUAGCGAUAGUGAAAUAGAUAAUAAUAUAGAAACCGUUGAUGCUAAUACAAAUGACAAUACACCUAGCACGCCGAGAGCUAAUUUGUCCGCGAGUAGUAGCCAAGAUAGUUCCGCCACUGACACCCUAGAAAUCGAAUUAAGGCCAGUAGAGGAGAUAAUCAUAACUAGUCCUGACGAAACUCAAGAGGAGAUAGAUAGAGUUAAUUGCGUUGACAAUGGAGAGGGAGGCGGAAGAGAAGAGAGUCGAGACGAAGGGAGUCGAGAGGAACUAACUGUCGAGUCGGCAGAGUCUUUGACGUUUGAUGAGAACCACUUUAGCACGCCGACAGGGGGGCUGACACCCGAGAGGCGCCCGUCGUCGGGGAGAAGAUCUUCGACGGACAGACGUAGACGACGGACGACGGCAAGCUCUAUGAGCUCAGAGGACGAGUCUGAUGGUUCUUCGGAGAGUACUCGAAGCAGCAGCGCGAGCAGCACGCAGAGUCAAAAUUUACCAAACAGUGAUGGUCUACCCCUCGGCUGGAGCAUGCAACGGGCACCGAAUGGAAGAAUAUUCUUCAUCGACCAUAAUAAUAAAACGACCACCUGGGUGGAUCCAAGAACAGGUUGUGCGUCCAGCUUGCCAAGUGCAGUACAAGCGAGCGCGGGAGCUGAAGCUGAUGAGUUAGGGCCUCUGCCUGAAGGUUGGGAGGAGCGCGUGCAUACUGAUGCCAGGAUAUUCUUCAUCGAUCAUAACACUCGCACUACUCAGUGGGAGGACCCGAGACUCUCCAACCCGCAGAUAGCUGGUCCAGCAGUUCCAUACUCCAGAGACUAUAAACGCAAGUACGAGUACCUCAAGAGUCAGCUGCGCAAACCGAGUAACGUUCCAAACAAGUUCGAGAUAAAAGUCCGUCGGAAUUCGAUUCUGGAAGAUUCUUACCGCAUCAUUAGCUCCGUUAGUAGAGUCGAUCUUCUCAAGACGAAACUUUGGGUUGAGUUCGAAUCGGAAGUGGGAUUAGAUUAUGGCGGUUUGGCGCGAGAGUGGUUCUUCUUACUGUCGAAGGAGAUGUUCAAUCCGUACUACGGCCUCUUCGAGUAUUCGGCCAUGGACAACUAUACACUGCAAAUCAAUCCGAACAGUGGCGUCUGUAACGAGGAGCAUUUGAACUACUUCAAGUUCAUCGGCCGCGUCGCCGGUAUGGCUGUGUACCAUGGGAAGUUGCUUGAUGCAUUCUUUAUCCGUCCAUUCUACAAGAUGAUGCUGGGCAAACCCAUUGAUCUCCAGGACAUGGAGUCCGUCGAUUUGGAGUACUACAACUCACUUAUGUGGAUACGGGAUAAUGACCCUUCUGAACUGUACUUAACAUUUGCGGUCGAUGAAGAGCAGUUCGGCAAGACUUAUCAGCGAGAGUUGAAGCCCAAUGGUGCGAAUAUUUCUGUUGAUGAUGAAAACAAGGACGAGUAUAUAAAGUCUGUGAUAGAGUGGCGCUUUGUACGACGCGUCCAAGAACAAAUGAAUGCAUUCCUUGAGGGUUUCGGUGCUUUGGUGCCACCUGCGCUGCUGAAGAUCUUCGACGAGCACGAGCUAGAGUUGCUGCUGUGCGGAAUCCAGCGGAUCGAUGUGCGCGACUGGCGUGCCAACACCCUGUAUAAGGGAGACUAUCACGCGAACCAUCUCGUGGUGCAAUGGUUUUGGAGGGUGGUAUUAUCCUUCUCCAACGAGAUGAGAUCUCGACUUCUUCAAUUCGUGACGGGGACAUCUCGCGUGCCCAUGAACGGCUUCAAAGAGCUGUAUGGCUCCAAUGGACCCCAACUUUUCACGAUCGAGAAAUGGGGCUCACCUGAAAACUACCCUCGGGCACAUACAUGUUUCAACCGUAUCGAUCUGCCGCCGUACGAGAGCUACCAACAACUCCGGGAGAAGCUCAUCAAAGCGAUCGAGGGCUCGCAAGGCUUUGCCGGCGUGGACUGA